AUUCACAUUUUGUUGAUUGCGUCAAUUUAUCGCUUUGUAGCAACGUUCAAAAUACCAUGAAGGCUACAAUUGUUAGGGGAAUACCACCAAUUGUAAUAGUAAGGACAUAUUUAAUACUGGCUCGUCUGAAUUUAUAACUAUAUCGCCAAAUGAGCUCAGUAGAAUACCAACCGUUUCAUGAUUAGCUAGACCAUUGUUGAGAAACCGAUUACACAUGUGUCUGUGGCUUUUAACUGCUUGUUUGGGCUUAUUGCCAACAAACAACGUACCACCUGCCACAAUUGUAGUAGUGCAAGGCGUACCAGCACCGAUUCUUCAACCUACAACAGCGGCAACUACCGCGGCCGCAACGACUACAGUAGCUCCAACUACGAUGGCUCCACCAAUGCCACCCACUAUGCCACCAACGACAACAACUACAGCGGCGCCAACAACUACAGCGGCGCCAACAACUACACCGGCGCCAACAACUACAGCGGCGCCAACAACUACAUCGGCUCGGCCUACUAUGAGUGGUAACACCUCUUCGCCUUUACCACCACCAGGAAAUAGUUCGAAUCCUCCGACAACGACUUCAAUACUAACAUCAGUAACAACAGCCAUGUCUACUUCCUCUAGUUCAAUAACUAACAUGUCCUCUACGACAGCAACUAACAUUUCAAUAGCAGGUGGAAACAUUUUACCUGUAUUACUUUGUAACAAUCCUGACGUGAUUUGUUUUUUUAAUCCUGAUGAAAACGCUACAGGCCCGAUCCAGAUUGACCCACGACUUGGCACUACCCCCGCGCCAUCAGCAGCGUUGCAGAGUCCACAAAUUACCGGCUACAGUGGACAAAUUCCAUCCUUUGAUUCAGCUGUCAAAUUUCCCAGAGAACGUAGAAGUUUAAAUUUUAAACGCGAAGAAAAUAAUCCAUUCUUUUUCAAUAAUAAUAAACAUAGAAUACGCAAAAGGCAAAGCUGUAAAUGUGUAGCUAGCGGCACAUGUGUUUCGAAUUCAUAUGGAGCGGGUAUGAUCGAUUUCAGAGUUGUUACCCCUACCGUUGUCCAAUGUCCCGCUGGACAGGAAUAUUGCUGUGGAAGCACUACAACAACAGCUUUGAUUGCAUGUGGCACUAUUCAAUCAGUGCCAGUCCCAGCUAUUAUGGCUGCUGCAGGACAAGCCAGUUUUGGAGAAUAUCCGUGGCAGAGUAUAAUUCUGACGAAGCAAAAUGAUUAUAUCGCUGGCGGUGUGCUUAUAGAUCAACUAAACGUCUUAACCGUUACACAUAGGUUGACACCCUUUAUUGUUUCGGGAACAGCACCUAACGUAAAAGUAAGAUUAGGUGAAUGGGACGCAGCUGGGACAUACGAACCUGUGCCUUAUCAAGAAUACAACGUGGCGAAAGUGUUUACUCACCCUUCUUUCAACGCUAACACUUUACAGUACGAUAUCACCGUUUUACGACUCUCAAAUUCAGUACCCUUGACACCUCAAGGUGGUUCUGUAACUACUAUCAACAGAGCAUGCCUGCCUCCAAUGUCAACGUCAACUUACACUGGUCAAAGGUGCUGGGUAUCGGGUUGGGGCAAGGAUAUGUUUGGUAUUCAGGGUCAAUACCAACAGAUUUUGAAGAAAGUGGAUGUCCCGAUUGUAGCUUCCGGAACCUGUCAGACACAAAUGCAGACUGCUCGCCUGGGGUCCACUUUCGUACUUGAUACUACUUCAUUCAUAUGUGCUGGAGGGGAGGCGAGUAAAGAUUCUUGUACGGGUGACGGUGGGUCCGGUUUGGUGUGUCAAGUAAACGGGCAGUGGGUGGUAGUGGGGCUCGUGUCUUGGGGCCUCGGUUGUGCCAACACCAACGUUCCAGCAGCUUACGUGAAUAUUGCUGCCUUACUACCCUGGAUACAACAACAAGUUGCCACUGCCUAGUCUUCAUAGAGAUAUUCAUUUGUUUACAGUGUAUAUAUAUAUAUAUAUAUAUCAUGAUAUUCUAUUAAAGUUUUAAAAUAAAAAAGUAAUUCAAGUGAA